CAGGUUUUAAUAGCAGGACCUAUGUCAGAGAGAGGGGAUUGUUUUAACUUUUUCGAUGAAAUAAUGCAUAUCUUACUCUCUCUCUCCAUCGCUAUUUCUCUCUCAGUUUCUCACAGUUGUAUAGCAUUGUAUUUGUGUUUCUGAGUAAAGGUACUCAAUCAUAUCACUGCAUUAGAGAGGCCUAUUGGCCAGACCGAUGUGAUUGAACAAAGCUGUAACCAGGCCUGUACACUUAUUGGAAACCGAACUUGAGAGAAGGAAGAAAAGAAAGUAAAUGCAGGUUUUCUGAUAAACUCAACACUGCUUGGUUACUCUUUUUUCGUAUUCAAUGGGUUGGGGUAAGAGGAGGCUUUGAUGUUCGACUGUUAACCACGAAAGCUGAGGUUCGAAGCGUCACCGUUGAAGGAGACUAGCAUGCUUGGCGUUUGAAUGUGAGCAUCUGAGAGAUUGGAUUGCAGAAUUCCAGUUAUGGCUGUUCGCUCGGAAUUCGUUCUCUUCUUAGUCUCUCUCGUCCUCUCGGGGUUUGGGUUCGGUAUCGUAACUUCUGAUAAUGGAGCAACACUGUUGGAGAUUAAGAAGUCGUUUAAGGAUGUGGAAAAUGUUCUCUAUGACUGGACAAAUUCACCAUCAUCUGAUUACUGUGUUUGGAGGGGGGUCACUUGUGAUAAUGUCACGUUCAAUGUGAUUAAACUUAAUCUUUCAGGAUUGAAUCUAGAUGGGGAGAUCUCACCAGCACUGGGAAGUCUCCAAGCCGUGCAGACCAUUGAUCUUAGAGGGACUCAUCUAUCCGGGCAGAUCCCAGAUGAGAUUGGUGAUUGUUCUUCUCUACAAAGCUUGGACCUGUCUUUUAAUGAGAUAUAUGGUGACAUACCCUUCUCGAUUUCAAAGCUGAAGCAACUUGAAACUCUAAUUUUGAAAAAUAACAAAUUGAUUGGACCAAUUCCUUCGACUUUGUCUCAGAUUCCAAACUUGAAAAUUCUGGACCUGGCUCAAAAUCAACUCAGUGGGGAAAUACCAAGGCUUAUAUACUGGAACGAAGUAUUGCAGUACCUUGGUUUGCGGGGUAACAAUUUGGUUGGAUCGCUUUCUCCAGAUAUGUGCCAGCUCACUGGUUUAUGGUACUUUGAUGUAAGAAACAAUAGUUUGACCGGCAGCAUCCCUCAGACUAUAGGCAAUUGUACUGCCUUCCAAGUCUUGGACUUGUCAUACAAUCGAUUGACAGGGGAGAUUCCGUUUAACAUUGGUUUCUUGCAAGUUGCUACAUUGUCCUUGCAAGGUAACAUGCUCUCCGGUGAGAUUCCUUCAGUGAUCGGUCUGAUGCAGGCACUUGCCGUUCUAGAUCUAAGCUGCAACAUGUUGACCGGGCCUGUCCCUCCUAUCUUGGGAAACUUGAGUUACACAGAGAAAUUGUACUUGCAUGGAAAUGAGCUGACUGGAUCCAUUCCCCCGGAGCUCGGAAACAUGACCAAACUUCACUACCUCGAAUUGAAUGACAAUCGUCUCAUGGGGCGUAUUCCACUGGAACUUGGGAAGCUAACUGAUUUAUUCGAUCUAAAUGUUGCCAACAACCAACUUGAAGGGCCCAUUCCUGAUAAUCUUAGCUCAUGCACAAACCUUAACAGCCUCAAUGUGCAUGGGAACAAAUUGAAUGGAACCAUCCCACUUGCAUUUCAGAGGCUGGAGAGCAUGACUUAUCUGAAUCUCUCCUCCAACAAUAUUAGGGGUUCUAUUCCGAUCGAGCUAUCUCGGAUUGGUAACUUGGACACUUUGGACAUUUCAAACAACAAAAUCAGUGGUUCCAUUCCUUCAACUCUGGGUGACUUAGAACAUCUUCUAAAGCUGAAUUUAAGCAGAAACCAAUUAACAGGAUUUGUUCCCACGGAAUUUGGUAAUCUGAGAAGUGUUAUGGAGAUAGAUCUUUCGAAUAAUCAUCUUUCAGGACUGAUUCCUCAGGAGAUCAGUCAGCUUCAGAAUAUGUUCUUACUGAGACUGGAAAACAAUAAUUUUUCAGGGGAUGUGAUGUCUCUCGUCAACUGUCUUAGUCUUACUGUUCUGAAUGUAUCUUAUAACAACCUUGCUGGUGAUAUUCCCACAGGCAAGAACUUCUCAAGGUUUUUGCCAGACAGUUUCAUCGGAAAUCCUGGCCUUUGUGGAUAUUGGCUCGAUUCACCAUGUCAUGAAUCUCGUUCAACCGAACGAGUUACAAUCUCCAAGGCAGCCAUUCUCGGAAUUGCUCUUGGUGCUCUAGUAAUUCUUCUCAUGAUACUGGUCGCAGCAUGCCGGCCCUACAAUCCAUCGACAUAUUCAGAUGGAGCACUUGACAAACCAGUUACUUAUUCAAAACCGAAAUUGGUAAUCCUUAACAUGAAUAUGGCCCUUCAUGUGUACGACGAUAUCAUGAGGAUGACAGAGAACUUGAGUGAGAAGUAUAUAAUUGGUUAUGGUGCAUCAAGUACUGUGUACAAGUGUGUCCUUAAAAAUUGUCGCCCAGUGGCAAUCAAGAGACUAUAUUCUCAUUAUCCGCAAAGCUUGAAGGAGUUUGAAACCGAGCUUGAGACAAUUGGAAGCAUUAAGCAUCGUAAUCUGGUCAGCAUUCAAGGAUACUCGUUCUCUCCCUUGGGGAACCUUCUUUUCUAUGACUAUAUGGAAAAUGGAAGUCUUUGGGAUGUCCUUCAUGGACCAACAAAAAAGAAAAAACUUGACUGGGACACUCGUCUUAAGAUCGCACUGGGAGCUGCUCAAGGCCUAGCGUACCUACACCAUGAUUGUAGUCCUCGGAUCAUCCAUAGGGAUGUCAAGUCGUCUAAUAUAUUGCUGGACAAAGAUUUUGAGGCCCAUCUCACUGAUUUUGGCAUUGCUAAAAGCUUAUGCGUGUCGAAGUCUUAUACUUCUACAUAUAUAAUGGGUACCAUUGGUUAUAUUGACCCUGAAUAUGCCCGAACUUCGCGUCUUACUGAGAAAUCUGACGUGUAUAGUUUUGGGGUUGUGCUACUUGAGUUGCUAACUGGAAGAAAAGCAGUCGACAAUGAAUCUAAUCUUCUUCAUCUGAUUUUAUCUAGGACUGCAAACAAUGCUGUUAUGGAGACUGUUGAUCCUGAGAUUACUGCCACCUGUAAGGACCUUGGAGCCCUGAAGAAGACUUUCCAGCUUGCCCUUCUAUGCGCUAAGAGACAGCCAUGUGAUCGCCCAACCAUGCAUGAGGUUAUGCGAGUUCUGGAUAGUCUAGUGCCCCCCAGCAGUCCUCCAAAGGGACAUUAUGCAACACCACCGGCACCUCUUCCGUCAGCUAAAGUACCUAGCUACAUAGACGAGUAUGCAAAUCUCAAAGCUCAAGACAUGGUUCGCCCAUCCAUGAGUACCUCAGACGCCCAACUCUUCCUCAAAUUUGGUGAGGUAAUAUCACAGAACAGUGGAUGAAAGUGUUUGGAAGGAACAAUCUAUCUUGCAAGUGCUUAGUCUGAACGAGGAAAUUUAGUGAAAAUUGUGUACAAAGUGAUGGCAUUCAUUAUUCUACUUUGAAGAAAAAAGAAAGAAAAAGUAUGGAAAGCAUUACUGAAGUACUAGAACCAUUAGUUUGUAUUGUUCUAAAUUUUUGAAAUUGUAGUAGUAAUUUUGGCCUGUCUCAGUAGGACCAGUUGCAAUAAGACAU